ACACGGUUAUGCACACAAUGAAGAGCUUCACUUUAAUAAGAGCCUUACUUCUCUGCAGCCUCAGCUGGAUCUCAGUUUCUGAGUCUCAGACUGUGGAGGUCCAGCGUGGUGAAGAAGUCACUCUGCUGUGCUCCAACAUUUCCAGAAGUCCAACUCAGACAGAGUGGUUCAGACUGAUCAACAGAACCAAGCCCAGCUGUAUCUCCUCCAUGUACGGGGCCAAUGGUGAUGCUUCAUUCUGUGAUGGAUUUCAAAAUGGAAGUUUUGAAAUGAGCUCCAACAAUUAUACUGUCUUUCUUAAAAUCAAACACGUGGAUUUAUCUGACUCUGGACUGUAUUUCUGUGGAUUUUACAUGGACAAACAUACAGUCAUUGCCAGUGCAACUCUUAUAAACGUUAAAGGUGAAAUUAUUGGUGAAUCUGAUGAUGAAGUGGCUUUUAAGACUGAAAAGGAGCUGGAUGGAAUUACAAACCUAACGAGUGUGAUCCUGGCUGGUCUGGCUGUUUUCCUCACUAUAGUCGUCAUUGUUCUGGCUGUUAAAAUCAGGAAACUUCAGACAGUUGUGAAUGAAGAACCGCAGCCAGAAAGAAACAAGAAUCUGGGCUCAGAUGACCUGAACUACGCAGCUCUAAGUUUUCAGCCAAAAGCAAAAAGAUACCGCAGGCCUGCAUCUGAGAGAGAACUGGAGCCAAAUGUUGUGUAUGCUGCCACCAGAUAAACUCAGAAAGCAACUGGAACUGCAGCUCAGAGUGGAACUGAUGCUUUUUCAAAAUAAACUGCUGUUGUGUUUUUGUGGUUGGGUAGUGAGUGGAAAGAGUCACUGCCAAAAAAUAAAUGAUUAAUGUUUCUAUUUUUUCUAGCUAAUGUUUUUUUGGUCUCUCUCUGUCAAAGCGUCAUUACUUUGUCAGCAGCAUGUUUAAUGUGUGAUGGGUGACGAGUCAGAAAGGACACUGAUGGCUAAUGAUGGCACUGAUAAUUUUGAGAUAAAAAUACAUAUUCUCAUUUUUCACCUGCUCAGUCUUUAAGUAAAUGUGUGUGCAAACACACCUUUUGUAUUUGGCUCCCUUCUUGACAUCAUAGAAGAUCUAUGUAGCAUCGAACCUCCUCCAGCAUUUCAGCGUCAUAGACGGCCCCGCCCACUGAACACGUAAUGAAUACACCACUCUCAGCCCCACCGUCAAACAUCAAGCAAUCAUUCCAUCACUAUACUUAGGGGUGCCCCCAAGAAUUUUGGGCUCCAUGACAAAAAAAUCUAAUUGGGCCCACUCUGUGCAGCUGUUGCCACCACAUCUCUAGGACCAUAGUCCAUAGACUAUACAUAAGAAUUUUGUGGACUGCCAUUUUGAAGCCUCGAGUUUGGCCGUUAGGGUGCCGCCAUGUUGAUUUUUUGCAACCAGUGGCACAGGACGUGACCAUAUUUGGACGAGAUGGUGGAGCUAAUAACCGUGUGCAGAGCUAGCUAGCUUGCUUAGCUAGGUGCAUCUGUAAAUCACGUUAACUGUCAUUUAAACAGGGCUGAUAACUCUGUCUAGCAAACAACAGUCUUAAAACUAAAUGUACUCACCAGAGAAAGUGAACAGCCAACUCCUAAUGAUUUUUUCAACGGUGCUGAUUAAAUGUACACAGUGCCGUGGAUACGAGCCUGAAUUACGCCUGAAUUACCUAACUUUCCCAUCAAAAGCUUUACAUAACUCUAAUUUGUAGUGGACAACAGUGUGGAUUUGUGCAUUUUAUAUUAAAUAAAUUUGGAGCUACUCCAAAUUCCUCU